CGAGCGUAUGGGUCUCGUCAUCUCCGCCGAUGAUGCUGCUCCCCCAACAGCCGACACUCCUGCAAGCGAGAACGGAUACGGCACACUCCCAUCAACAGGUGUCGCCACCUCUUCCCCCACGGGCGGACAAGCUUCCCCAGCUGCUGAAUCGAAUGGCAAGACCAAAACCACCCCAGCUACUACGGAAGGCAAGAAGGAGAAGGACGAAGAGGCAUCUCUGAGAUGGUGAGAGAUGACCAAGCGACUUUGGACGCUUGUGCCGUACUUCGGGCCUGCAUGAGUGUAGCGUCUUCAGGCUUUGGCAGCAAUUUGUAUCAUCUUGCUGCCGCUCGGCUGUGCGGUCAACAUGCUUAUUCCUAUGACGCUUGCACAAUUGAUCGACGCCCUUACGUUUGUACCUCUCACUGGUGGCCGCUGGCGAAGUAUAUCACUCUCGGAUUGAUUUCGAGUGGAGUGUUGGACAAAGUCAGGAGUGCAUUAUGUAAGUUCUCUCGGUACUCUACUCCCUUCUAAUUUCCUACUUGUUUCGUGUGCUGUGGUGACACGAACUGUGUCCAGCGUUCCCUGUGAUAAA